GGACACGAUCGAGACUCGAGGAGUUGACAUUUAACAGAGCCUGGUUUGCAACUGACAUCAUUCAUUUCACCUGGAGUGGGAGCCAGAAAUUAAAGACAGCAAAAGGGAUUCUGACAUGCACUUUCAGAAAUCGUGUUACCCUCUGCCCACGGUGAAGAAACUCCUGGAGCAGAAGAGAAAGAGAGAGACCUCCUCAGCACCCCCUUCCUGCUCUACCGUGUCUUAUACUGCUGGUUGCACUGCAUCUGUCCCAGUUUCGACAUCAGUACAAUCUCCCACUGCUGAAGCCAGUGUAAGCUACCCAGAUAUGGGAGCAGUAAGAUACGACCAAUGGGAAGUGCCAAGCAUGCAUCAGCCCCAUUCUUCCCUUCAGCUCUGCAGCUCAUUCACCUCAUUCGACAGUUCCUCUGCUGCAUUAAAUUUACCCCUGACUGGCUACAGCACUCAACAGAUUCAGGACUGCCAGGAUGCCCAGACAACACAGCGAUAUUCUAUAACAGAGUGUCCUGUAACUGCAGCUGGGACUAAUAUGACUCCCAGUGUCCCCGUUCAGAGCUCUGGCUAUUGUUGGCCAUCUGUUUCCAGUGUAGAGGAUCAUGCAAGCCCAUACGUUGUCCAAGAGUUCAGGCCCCAGAUGGAUAUGGUCAAGCUACAGGAGGCUCGAGUAAUCCUGCAGAACAUGGAUUACAGUAGAACAACCUGGCAGGAUGAUGAUGGCGACACGAUUCUACAUAUAUACACUGCGAAAGGCCUGAGGGAAUAUGCUUUUGCUGCCGCAGAGAAACUUUGUGGACUGGGGAAGUUGGACUCCAAGGAACACAAGGGCAAGACUGCCUUGCUUGUAGCUGUAGCAGCCAAUCAACCAGAGAUAGUCCAGGAUCUUCUCUCACUUGGCACCGAUAUCAGCGCCAUUGACGUCAAUGGCCAGACUGCACUUCAUCUGGCUGCCACCUAUGGUUUCCCCCGAGUCAUGCAGGUUAUUCUCUCAUCGGGACUCCGAGUGAACUUGGAAACUGGCAAUUUUGAAGGUCUGACUCCUAUGCACUGUGCAGUAAUUUCUCACUGUGGCACAAUGAAGGCUAUAAAUGCCUCUUCCUCAUCCUCAACAUGGCUAGCUGAUGGCAGUCUACAGACUCAAGCAGAAGAUAAACUAAUGUGCUUGCGGUUACUUAUAAAUGCUGGAGCCUCGGUACUCAGCCAGGAAAUCAAAAGCAACAAGACAGUUCUUCACCUAGCCGUGAAGGAGGGGAAUAUCCAUCUUGUGCGAUUCCUCCUGAACCUCCAAAUCUCCGAUAUGCAGGCUUUCAUCAACAUGAAAGCUCACGGGCACACAGCUCUGCACAUGGCUGCUGGGCUGCAUGGAAGCCCCCAUCAGGAGGAACUGAUCAGACUGCUGCUGAGUCGUGGAGCUGAUCCCAGCAUCCGCAACUUGGAGAACGACCAGCCAGCUCAUCUACUGCAGAGUGGAGACAAAGGAGAGAGACUCAAGCUAAUCUUGAAGAAGAAAAGUGCCUCUUCUAGGCGGCGAUAUACGUCCUUACAGGACCUAGAGUGACUAGGACUACUUUUUAGUCCCAACGUACCCUACCUUCUCCAACAGAGCUAUAACCAUCUGGAUCAUACUGG